AUGCUUGUGAAUAAAAUUCCCAUUGUACGACCGGAUAUAACAAUUAGUAACGGUGUGAUUCACGCUAUAAAUGGUAUUCUUCUGCCUCGAGACAUUUUUGGUGGGUGCAGAUGUCUUCCCCGGGAACGCGAAAAUGAUCUGGUCCCAGAGUUUCCGUCGGAGCAUGAGAGGGAAAGUCCUCUAACCACGCCUUCUUCUCCUACUUCAAAGACUACAAAACCAUACGAAAUCAUUUCUCCAUCAGGAAGAAAAAGACCUUCAGCUUCUACAUCCUCACCAGAAUCAACUCCUCAACCACCACAAAACCAGCGAGAUACAACAACUGAACCAAAAACAAGUGAAUCUGACGCAACAACUCAACCAUCACAAAACCAGCCGGAUACAACUACUCAACCAUCACAGAGCAAGCCGGAUACAAAAACUCAACCAACACCAAGAGCAUCCGAAACAACAAAUCCACCUUCAAAGAGACAAACGGAACCAACCACCCCCUCAACAUCAAAAGAUCCAAAGCCAACUACUCCUCCCUCAAAAGAGCAAACGCCAACUGUUCCUCUAAUCCUAUCCAGAAGACUAAACACAGAUACUUCAUCUUCAACUGAACACUCUACGACUUCUUUUUUACCCUCCGAACAACCUUAUCAGACAAAAGAACCACCAACACAGAAUGAUCCAGUUAAUUCUGUUUCUUCUUCCACUCAAACUUCACCCGAUGAUUUAACUGAUGUACCAGAUGAUAUGUCAAUGAAAACUUCUACUAAUACUCAAAUGGAUGACAAAGAAGAAGAAACAACAUCAGAUGAGAUCUCUACAGAAACCUCAUCAAAAUAUGAUGAAAAACAAACUAGUGAUUCUACAAGCACUCUGACUUCUAUUAUAACAACUAAAGAUACAAUAGAAGACACAGAUGUUCAAUUAACCAACAGAAAACCAAAGAAACCCGAUACUAUUGAUAACCCCAAAAACACGCCAAAGAAAGAAGACAGCCAGAAUCCUACAGAUACCACAACAAAUAAAGAAGACAGCCAGAAUCCUACAGAUACCACACCAAUUAAAGAAGACAGCCAGAAUCCAACAGAAAGCACACCAACUAAAAAAGAUAGCCAGAAUCCAACAGAAACCACACCAAGUAAAGAAGACGAUCAGAACCCGACAGAAACCACACCAAAUAGCCAGAAUUCAACAGAAACCACACCAAGUAAAGAAGACGAUCAGAACCCGACAGAAACCACACCAAGUACAGAAAACAACCAGAACCCGACAGAAACCACACCAACUAAAAAAGAUAGCCAGAAUCCAACAGAAACCACAUCAACUAAAAAAGAUAGCCAGAAUCCAACAGAAACCACACCAACCAAAAAAGAUAUUCAGAAUCCAACAGAAACCACACCAAGUAAAGAAGACAGCCAGAACCCGAAAGAAACCACUACAAGCCAAAAAGACAACCAGAACCAGUCAGAAACCACUCCAAGUAAAGAAGACAGCCAGAACCUGAAAGAAACCACAUCAAGUAAAGAAGCUAGCCAGAACCCAACAGAAACCACACCAAGUAAAGACAACAGCAAGAACUCGAAAGAAACCACUCCAAGUAAAGAAGACAGCCAGGACCCGAAAGAAACCACUACAAGCCAAAAAGACAACCAGAACCCGACAGAAACCACUACAAGUAAAGAAGACAGCCAGAACCCGAAAGAAACCACAACAAGCCAAAAAGACAACCAGAACCCGACAGAAACCACUACAAGUAAAGAAGCUAGCCAGAACCCAACAGAAACCACACCAAGUAAAGACAACAGCAAGAACCCGAAAGAAACUACUACAAGCCAAAAAGACAACCAGAACCCGACAGAACAGUCACAACCAAAUCAAGAAAAGGAAGAUAACCAUGAGAAGCCACUCAACGAACCAGAAGAUAACGAUGAACAAAAUCCUGAUAAACUCACGCCAAGAAAACGUGGUAAUAAAAAUCCGCCAAGCUUCUCACCAGAAAAACCACGUGGUCAACAACAACCAACAGCAGAAGAUGAGAGAGAAAAUCCAAAUAAAAUCACACCAAGAAAAAAUGGACAAUAUCCGCCAAAUCCUACAGAAAGAGAAUACCCAUCGUUUCCCUUACCAGGAGAAGGAGACAAACAGAAGCCGCCAUUUACUUCAAAAGAAGAAGAAGAUGCCGAAAACCAACCUAACGCGAACCCAGAAGAAGAAGAUCAAACACAGAGACAAGGAAGAACCAUUUUUGAAAUCAUCGUAUAUCCAGGAUUAUUCAUAAGAGGAAAUCCUAUAGGCCUUAAUAUUAUACGUCAACUUUUUGAGACAGCAGGACUUUUGGAGGAUAUGAAGAAAAGAGACCCGUUGACAGUUUUCCUGCCAACAGACGAAGGGUGUUUGCUGUUGCCAAGCGACGUUUUGAACAACUUAAAGAACAAUCCGCCAGAGUUAAAGCGGUUCCUUCGUCAUCACAUUCUUGGAAAACCUUUGUAUCCUCAGAACAUCCAAAACAACAUGAUCGAGACCAGCGCUGAGGGAAUUGGAAUACCACUCAAUCUGUUUAACAGAGGAAAGACUAUUCUUGCAGGAGGUUCCCAAGUUCUUGCUGCCACAAAUGCCAUCAAUGGAGUCGUGUAUGUCAUUGACAAACCUUUCUAUCCCAUUCCCUCGACAAACGUGGUCAAGUGUUUAACUGAUAAUCCAGGCUUCACUCUAUCGGAGCCUUUGGUCACUCAGUCUGGGAUCAACAAUCUUCUACAAGCUAAAGGUCCUUUCACUAUGUUCAUGCCUGCUGACGAAGCCUUCUCUAGAAUAAAAAGAACCACGCUGAGGAAUAUGAUGUCCAACAGAAAUGUUCUAGAUGAUUUCUUGAUGAGCCAUAUUGUCCCAGGAGCUCAUUACAGCAGAGAGUUUAGGACUAAUUUAAUUCUUCCAACGUUAAACGGCAGAAGGAUACAAAUAUUUGUUUCUCCAGAUGGACAAAUCAUGUUGAAUGGCGUGAGGGUGGUAAGUAAGGAUAUUCCAGCAGGAAAUGGAGUUGUCCACAAGAUUGGGGGGGUUCUUGACUUGCCACAAAUAAAUACAACGCCAUAUCCAGAUCAGACGAUUUCAGAGAGACGUAAGAAGAAUUGACUGUCA